AUGGAGAAUUCCAUUAAAUUCAUUACAUCAUGGCUAAAAGAUGCAUCCUCACAUUCCAUAGAUAUAAUCACCAUCUUUGGUAUGGCUGGCAUUGGAAAGACUUCUUUAGCCAAAUAUGUCUAUGGGUUACAUUUUCAUGAGUUCGACACAAGCAACUUUAUUGAAAAUAUAAAUAGGAGAUGUGAAAAACGUGAUGGGUUGCUUGAUUUACAAAAACAACUCUAUGAUGACAUUUCAAAGCGAAGUUCAGUUCAAGCUCAUGAUACUUCUAUUUACACCUCAAUGAUAGAGAAAGCAGUAUCUUGUAAAAAGUUGUUUCUAGUUCUUGAUGAUAUUGGUAGUCUUGACCAAUUAGAUGCAUUACUUGGAAGCAAAAGCUUUCAUCCAGGAACCAAAAUCAUAAUAACAACAAAGGACGCAUGGUUGACAAAGAGCUGUGCACUAUUCAAAACACACGUUCAACCCAAACAUGAAAUGUAUGAGCUUAAAGUCUUAUCUGAGAUCAAUUCACAAAGACUUUUUUCUUUUCAUGCAUUCAUGUGCAAUGAUCCCAAGAAAGGUUAUGAAGAGGCGUCUGAAAAACUUGUGAAAUAUUGUCAGGGACAUUCAAUGGCUUUAAAAGUUUUGGGCAAAAGUCUACAUAAUCGAGAUGUAACUUAUUGGGAGGGAUACAUAGAAGGGCUAAAGAAAGAGAAUGGUUCCCCUAUAAAUAAUGUCUUGAGAAUGAGUUUCGACUCUUUGCCAUUCAAAAAUGAUAAGGACUUGUUUAAGCACAUUGCUUGUUUUUUUUGA